AUGCAACCGUCUUCUAAGAGCUUGUUCCGCGUGUCCGCUUGCACCAAUACCGUUGCCUGCCUCUCCAUCGGAACUUGGGGUCUUGAGUUCAGAUGGAUCGGCAAGGGGUCCUUAGAUGCAGCCGCGACACCCCCGUGUGUGAGCGGUGCAGCACCCUUAACCUUCCCUGCCAGUACCCCCAACGAAGGCCCCGCACGAGUAAAAGAAAGGACGCAAACCACCACAAGGAUCCUGCAAAACAGUGCCGACAACGACAACAACUACACGCUAUCUCUCAUUCUCGAUCGCCUACAACGCAUCGAGAAAGGCCAAUCGUCAGUCUCCAGGUCCUCUCCAACGUCUGCCGACUCGGCCUCGCAACAGCCGGAGAUUAGUGAAACCCUUGACGGAGACAGCCCAGCGUCAAGCUUACUGGCAGUCAAUGAUAAUGUCAGGAACUCCGUUUCAGCAUCAAGUCCCACGCCCAUCACGCGGCUCCAGGCGACUCCUCUCGCCAGCGAUGGGGCUCUGCCAGCAUUAAGACCGGCGGCUCUCGGUGCUACUCCCCAUCAUCCCGCUUCGCUCGACGUCGCGUCCACAUUGAGCGACACUUUUGACCGUGUGCGAGAUAAGAGGCUCAAACGAUCUUUGGGAGUGAAUGUGGUGGCAACCGAGGGCAUCGACAUUUCUCCUGAAAAAGCAAAGACAUGGAUUCACAGUGAGAGAACUCGAGCGACCGAUUUGACCGGCGUGGCGACCGAGUGUUUCGACUUUGAGAUGAGCUUAGAAAUGCAUCACUUGGCAUGCGAAUAUGCCAAAGGGCUUCACUUGCACAGCCUCGACGGCAACGAUUACUUCGCGGCUACGGGGUCGACACGCACCGACGAUGACCGCAAGGGCAUGUGGGAGCUGAUCCAGAAAGAUCUGUUUUACCACUUGAUCUACAACAAGCCCGCAACCCUGUAUCCGAGUCUCGACAAGUGGCGAGUCAAUCUGCCGUGGUUGUCGUUGGACUCGCCCCCGGAGAACGUCGACAACGUGUCGACAAUCUCGUUCCUCGUCCGCAGCCGCCUCACGUUCAUCCUCAUCCAUUUCUUCCACACGCUGGAGAAGCUCGAGCACGAAUCCGAGGCCGUCGGGGCUAUUGAGCCUCUUUGCCACGAAGUCGAGCUUUUGUUUGAGGAAUGGGGAAUCGAAAAUUGGAUCCAACGCUCCCUUCACGACCAGAUGGAUCUCUGGAUUUUGGCCGAGCUUGUCCUUGCCGGCUACACCUCCAUCAUCUUCAUGUUGCGCAAGGCAACUCUGCUCAAGUCGAAUUGUCCUAAUCCAGUCUCUUCCGACGUCAACAUUCCCAAAACGGACUACGCAACAAGAGCCUCGCGCCGCAUUCUCGAAUUGACGUACAGCAUGAUGCACGUCUGGAGGUUUCCCGCGGCCGAACUGAUCUCCUACAUACUGGGUGCCUACCGAGCGCAUAUUGCUUAUUCUCACCUCGCCAGCAACGUCAUCAGUUCGCUCACGACUGCGGAGAUGGUGGAAGAUUUGCAGCUUCUGGACCGUGUUGCUCAGGGCAUGGGGACCGCCGCUCAGCAAGAGAGCGACUUUUUCCCGUUGGCGAGAGCGAUGCAGGAGAUCAACGCCGAAGUUCGGAAAAGGGUGGGUGUCUAA